GCCUGCGCAGUGGAGUCGGCUCGCGGAGGACUGGGCGCCGACACCGCCUGAGAAGGAAGCGGAGUUUCCGGCUGCUUUCUACGGAGGGAGAGGAGUUCUGACGCCGCGGAACACCACAGAAAAAGCCGCUAGCUUCCAAGAACUCGUACGGGCACUUUGAGAAAAAGGCCUUCUUUCUUCCUUUUCGGAAAAGGUGUUGUUGAAUUCCGGCCACAGUGCUCGGGCGGUGAGGAGAGACGAGGGGACGAACGACGGAAAGGCGGGGGUGACCCACCAGCGACCGGCAUGGCGAGGGACUACGACUACCUUUUCAAGCUGCUCAUCAUCGGUGACAGCGGUGUGGGGAAGAGCAGUCUCCUCUUGCGGUUUGCAGACAACACGUUUUCAGGUAGCUACAUCACCACGAUUGGGGUCGACUUCAAGAUCCGGACAGUGGAGAUCAAUGGGGAGAAAGUGAAGCUGCAGAUCUGGGACACGGCGGGCCAGGAGCGCUUCCGCACCAUCACCUCCACGUACUACCGAGGGACACAUGGGGUAAUUGUGGUAUAUGAUGUCACCAGCGCAGAGUCUUUCGUCAACGUCAAACGGUGGCUGCACGAAAUCAACCAGAACUGCGACGACGUGUGCCGAAUAUUGGUGGGCAACAAGAAUGACGACCCCAACUCCAAGGUGGUGGAGACGAACGAUGCUCAGAAGUUUGCAGAGCAGAUGGGCAUCCGCCUCUUUGAGACCAGUGCCAAGGAGAACGUCAAUGUGGAGGAGAUGUUCAACUGCAUCACGGAACUGGUGCUGAAAGCCAAGAAAGAGGUGGUUGCCAAGCAACAGCAGCAGCAACAGAACGACGUGGUCAGACUGACCAAGAACAGUAAACGGAAGAAGAAAUGCUGCUAACCAAGUGGUUCCAAGAACAAAACACACACAAACGUGCGCGCGCACACACGAUCGCACACACCGAUGACAACAGCGACAUCAAGUAAUUGUGGAAUAGGACUCAAGAAAACUAAAUUAAUUUCUUUAAUUUUUGAGAAAUAAAAUGGAAAAAGUCCCUUUUGGACAGAUGAAUCAAAGACUUUGAGAAAUGUACAGAUUUUAUUAGGAGAGGCGGAGCCACUUUUAUUCGGAGCAGUUAUGUGAUGUUAUUUAAUUAAGAUUCUUCCACGUUAGGGGAGGAUCUCAAAGCUCAGAUCUAUAUCUGCAGAUACAUUCUUCAUCAGCACCUCUUUUCUUCUUAUUCCACACCAUGCAGGACUCUGCACCUGGAGAGAAGGACGUGUUUGUGUUUGUAUUUUUUUAUGGGUCAUUUCUGGGCUGGGUUGC